CAUCACUUGUAUUUUUUGAAGACGAAGAUUGUGAAGAUUUUGAUUUUUAUUAUAAAGAUAAUGUUUGGGAAGAUGAAGAUUUGAAAGAAUAUGAUAUUUUGUAUGAAUCUGAAGAUUGGGAAGACUGUAAUAAAGAUUGUGAUAAAGAUCAUGAGGGUAAAGAUGAUAUUUGA